UAUAAUAGCGCGAUAAUAGGACAGUCAUUACGGUAAUGCUGGAGAAGCCACGCCUCCGCUGUGUAAUCCUCCAUGGACGAUGAGAAGCUCCUCUCCGCUCUCCAGCAUCAUCUGCAGUAACGGGGUGCAGGAACAAAAUGUUAACUCGGGCUGUUCUUCCUCACUAGCAGACAUGAACGGAGUCCCGUCUGUCUCUUCCACCCGCUACAAAUCGCCCUCAACAUGCGGAUCCAUUGCAAAGUAGUUGUGAUCGCCGUGUGUUUCGGAGUUUUCCUACUUUUGUACUUUUUGGGGGGCAACGCCGCGGACGAUCCGCUGUUGAAAGAAGUUCUAGAGGAGGAGGAGGAGGAGGAGGACAGGAACUCUUCCCCGUCACCUCCGGAGCUCGGACGCGAAAUUGUAGCAAACUUUGCCAGGAGAUCAUCCGAUGGAGUCGGCGUACGUGCGGAAGAGCCUCUCAUGGGGCGAAAAGAAGAGAAAGAGACCAAAAGAAGGGCCAGCGUGAAUGCAAAGAGUAAACCUCAGAGUAAUGUGGCCCGACCUGUGACCAAGCACACCCAGGCUGAAGAGUUCAUGCAUUUGGCUGUGGUGGCCUGUGGGAAUCGUCUGGAUGAGACCCUUAACAUGAUCAAAUCUGCCCUUCUGUUCAGCCUCAAGAAGAUCAAAUUUCACAUUUUUGCCGAGGACCCUUUGGCCCCACAGUUUAAAGAAAGGCUGAACCAGUGGCCUCGCUCCAUCUCAGGCAGAUUCCAGUACAGGAUCUACCCCAUCACCUUCUCUGUUGGGAACGCUGACGAGUGGAAGAAGCUCUUCAAGCCCUGUGCUGCUCAGAGACUCUUCCUGCCUGUCAUCCUGAAGGAUGUGGACUCAUUACUCUACGUGGACACUGAUGUGCUGUUUCUGCGGGCCAUGGAUGAUAUCUGGAGUUUUCUUAAGUCCUUCAACAACACCCAGCUUGCAGCAAUGGCCCCAGAGCAUGAGGUCCCCAAGAUAGGCUGGUACAGCCGCUUUGCACGCCACCCUUUCUAUGGUAUCACAGGGGUCAACUCUGGUGUCAUGCUGAUGAACCUCACAAGGAUCCGAAGCACAAUGUUCAAAAACAGUAUGAUCCCCAGUGGCCUUUCUUGGGAGGAUCUUCUACAUCCACUCUAUCAAAAAUACAAGAACCACAUCACCUGGGGGGACCAGGACCUCCUCAACAUUAUCUUUCAUUACAACCCAGAGUGUCUCUUCAUCUUUCCCUGCCAGUGGAACUACAGGCCAGAUCACUGCAUGUAUGGGAGUAACUGUAAAGAGGCUGAGAAGGAGGGCGUGUCUAUCCUCCACGGCAACCGUGGCGUGUAUCAUGAUGACAAGCAGCCCGCAUUUAAAGUAGUCUAUGAUGCAAUACGUGGUUUUUCUUUUAAGGACAACAUGUUCCAGUCGCUCUUCUACCCCAUCCAGACCAAGUUCCUGGACACAGUCAACACCCUGUGUGGUCGGAUUCCUCAAGUCUUCCUUAAGCAGAUAGAGAAAACCAUGAAGAAAGUAUAUGAGGAGAGAGUAAUUCGACAUGUCAGACCACACAAAUAACUGAUGGAGAAACGGACUCACUGUUUUACCUGGCAGCACCAAGGUCCAUCUUGCUGUGGAUUAUGUGACACACCAACAUUUCACAGAUUGAACUAGCGGCUCUGUGUUUGCAGUGUGUUCAACACGACACUCCUUGUAAUGGUCUUAUGAACAUUAUGAUCCUCCAGUGAUGAUACAAUAAGCCUAUGUAGGCAGACAAGCAUACAGUGCUGUUCAGUGAUGCUGUCGAAUAGGUUUGCCUUACUGUUGUCCUAAACCUUUUACAACCCACUUACAGUGAUGAAAUGUAUGAGGAAAGAUACAGUGGGAUAAAUGACUUCAUGGAUUCAUUUUUUGUCAAGAAUAAUUAAAUUUCAGCUCCUCCUUAUGUUUAAAAGUUAAAGGCAUGUUUUUAUCAUCUAUCUUCUUAUUUUUCCUCAUGAAUAUACACUAAACAAAGUCAACUUGGGACUUUGCAAAGCUUUACUACAUGAUGUAGUAGAUUUAAAAACCACUCUUUUAAAAUUGUGAAUGUUUUACCAGCAAAUACCUUGAAAUGUGAGUUUGUGUGAAUGAGAAGCGUUGUAAAUCCCUGGUCUGUUCUGCAGUUGCCAAAUGCCACUGGCAGUAUUAAAUACAACAUGACAAGGGAAAUAUGGAAUUUUAUGUUACAUGCUGAAUGUUAAAAUGCACCUAAAAA